UGUGGUUGCCAUUAUGUUUGGAAUUCCGUGCGCCAGUAUCUACCACAGGUUCAACUCGUCUCCCAUACGACUAUUACACCCCUGAGCUUCACAACCGAGUUGACCCAGACGUUCCAUAAUUCCAACGAAGCUCAAAUCAAAGACGCCCAAUAUACAUUCCCUCUCUACGAUGGCGUUGCGGUUAACAAGUUUACGAUCACAUUCGGAGAUCAAGUGCUCCAUGGAAUCGUGAAGCAUAAAGCUGAUGCGAAACAAAUCUUUCAGGCUGCUGUUGAUAGGAAUGAGACUGCCGGACUGUUGGAAUCGCUACCUGCUGGCAUAUUCGGUGUCACCAUCGGCAAUGUUCCCGCCAAAACAGAUGUGAUUGUUCGUAUCACGUAUGGUGGUGAACUGAAGCAUGAUGCAGCCGUCGAUGGGCUCCGCUAUACGCUUCCAACGAGCAUAGCACCUCGUUACGGAUCGUACCCUGGCGAGGCUAGAAUGUCAAAUGCUGUGGCAAAUGGCGGCAUCAAAAUAUCCGUUGACCUCGAUAUGGCUUCUUCCGCCAUUCGAAAGAUUCAAUCUCCAUCGCAUCCCAUUGCUGUCGAGCUGGGUCAGCUUAACAAUGGAGCUUCGACGACGGGCGGAACAUCCGUAUUUAAUCCAUCUCUUGCUUCAGCAACUCUUGCCCUCGCGUCCGCCGAGUUGGCAGAAGAUUUCGUUCUGCAGGUCUUGGUCGAUAAUCUCAACAACCCGCAGGCCAUUCUCGAGACACACCCUACGCUCGAGAAUCAGCGUGCGAUCAUGGCCACCCUGGUCCCAAAAUUUGCGCUGGAUCCAGCACAUCCCGAAAUCGUCUUCAUUGCAGAUCAAUCUGGCAGCAUGCAAGGCGAAAAGAAUGAAGCAUUGGUGUCGGCGCUCAAAGUGUUCAUCAAAUCCCUUCCGUUCGGCGUGAGAUUCAAUAUCUGCGCGUUCGGCAAUGGCUUUGAAUAUCUCUGGCCCAAAUCACAGGCGUACAGCGAAGAAAACGUCGCCAAUGCUCUUAAGUGUCUCGAAAGCUUCCAGGCGCAGCGUGGCGGUACCGAGAUCCUUGGACCGAUCAAAGCUGCUUUCGAAAAUCGUCUCUCGGACAUGCCGCUGGAAGUCAUGCUGUUGACCGAUGGCCAAAUCUGGCGCGAGGAAGAAGUGUUUUCGUACAUCCAUGAGCAGGUACGAGAUAAGAAAGCCAACGCCCGAGUCUUUGCUUUGGGCGUCGGCAGUGACGUCUCGCAUACUCUCGUGGAAGGCGUGGCGAGAGCGGGCAACGGGUUUGCCCAGUUCGUGGAUAAGAGCGAGGAGACUGGCAAAAAGGUUAUGCGCAUGUUGAAAAGUGCGCUAUACGCCCAUACCAGGGACUACUCGGUCGAAGUUCAUUAUGCGGAGACCAGCAAGACGGCUACCAAGGACAACGACGACGAUGGCUUUGAGCUUAUUGAGAAAGUGGAUCAAUACUUGCACAUCAAGGAUGAUGAGUCAUCGGGUGCUUGCACACAGCAGCCAGCUGCUCCUCCAAAAGCAAAAUCAUUCUUUGACUCUUUGACCGAUGACGACAAUGUGAAGCAGACUAGCCAGACCACCACGGACAGAUACGCCCACUUGCCAAAGGUCACAACCCCCGAGAUAUUACAAACUCCGUCUGACAUACCUCCACUGUUCCCGUACAGCCGGACCACAGUGUAUCUGCUUUUAGGUCCCGAAUCCGUUCAGCGCGAAAUCGCCUCGAUCACGAUUCGAGCGUCGAGUGAUGCAGGGCCUCUUGAGUUGAACAUCCCAGUCAAGAAAGUCCACGGAACCGGAACGAACAUUCAUCAGCUCGCCGCAAGGAAGGCCGUUCAGGAGCUUGAAGAAGGACGUGGCUGGAUGCAGCACGCCACGACAUUGCCGUCCGAAGGCGAUGGCCAGGUCCUCGUAAAAGAGAGAUAUCCCAGCCGCUUCGAUGAGCUUGUCGAGCGCGAAGCCGUCACACUGGGUGAGAAAUUUCAGGUGGCGAGCAAAUGGACAUCUUUUGUUGCAGUGAACAAACGGAGUCAAGACGAACUCCCUCCGCCCGCAGUCACUGCAACAUCGAACGCCCUGGCCCCCGGUAGACGCAAGUCUGCAUCCGUUGCAAGCGCCUCGACGAAUUCUACGCCUCCGCCAUCUGGCUUUGGCAGUAGCGGUGGAAUGUUCGGUAGCGUGUCGACCGAAUCCACUCCACCAUCUGGCUUUGGCAGUACCGGUGGAUUAUUCGGUAGCGUGUCGACAGAAUCCACUCCACGAUCUGGGUUUGGUGGUAUCGGAGGACUGUUCGGGAAAGCGUCGAAAAAGUCUUCUCCUUCCGGCCAACAGUCAAAUUCACUUGCAAGUCCCAACACCUCAUCACAGCAGCAGCCGACCAGUCAAGCCGACCAGGUGCAGCAGGUCAUCGGUAAGCAGCAGUUCUUUGGAUCCUGGCUUUGGGAUGAUGCUCUGUUCAAGAUGAUGAAGAUCAAUCACAAUGGAAUUGCGUUGGAUGAAUUUGGCGGCGAUAAGAACAUUGCUGCGACGGCCUUAACGAUCGCAUGGUUCCGAAUCAUGCGGAAAGGCGACAAAGAUGUAUGGGAAUUUGUGGUCGCAAAGGCAGAACAAUGGUUGAGU